GGGCCCUCUUCCUUUUGAAAUUAAAUGGGUUUCAAACUUUGGUGUUUCAAGACAAUGGGAAGCUCGUUCCAGUCUUUUUUAUAGAUCUGUGGUGAAACUAGGAGUUAGCUAAGUGAAGUGAAAUAGAAAGUUGUUUUCCUUUGCUGUGCAAGGUUUCAGGCUUGUGCUCUGUGCAAGGUUUGAGAUUGAUUGCAGCUUAUUAUAUUGUAUUUUGAGAUGACGUCGCAGCUUGAAUUCUACGUCAACGGGCGGAAAGUCGUGGAGAAAGAACCUGACCCAGAAUGGACUCUGUUGUUCUAUUUACGAGAAAAACUGAGCUUAUGUGGAACAAAACUGGGAUGUGGGGAGGGUGGUUGUGGUGCUUGCACUGUGAUGGUGUCAAUGUACGAGAAGGAGACGAAGACGAUUAAGCACAUGUCAGUGAACGCUUGCCUUGCUCCUGUUUGUGCGAUGCAUGGCCUAGCUGUUACUACAGUUGAAGGCAUCGGUAGCACGAAAACAAAACUUCAUGCAAUACAAGAAAGAAUGUCGAAGAUGCAUGCCUCACAGUGUGGAUUUUGUACGCCAGGAAUUGUGAUGUCCAUGUACACUCUUCUGCGGAAUACACCAAAACCAUGUAUGGCUGAUGUUGAGGAGUAUUUCAAGGGGAAUCUCUGUCGUUGCACUGGCUACCGACCGAUUCUCGAGGCGAUGAAAACCUUUUGCAUUGCAGAGACAAAAGAAAGGCCAAAUGAAAAUGAAGAGUGUGACGGCGGAGAAAGCAGCAUGGUAAACAAGAUGAAUGAAUUCACGAUUGGCUUCUCUGAAAACUGUGAAGGUACAAAUGGCGAAAUUGGCAAUUCUUUAGAGAAACAAUCGACAAACGCUGGGAUUGAUCACAUAAAAGAAGCACAAUUGGCAGCAAUGGAAAAUACCAAGGUGCAGAUGAAUGGGUUUCCUGAUAUGCACGACAACAGAAACAGUUGUUGUGGAGCAGGUGAGAAUUGUUGCAAAAAGUCAACAGCUCCUGACAAAUGUGCCGGCAUUAAAUUGAAGGAAUCUCUUGAAGUACCUGAUGCCACGUCCCUCAAAUUUAUUCCAUACGACCCAAGUCAAGAGCCAAUUUUCCCACCCACUCUGCUCCUUUCCAAUGGAAUAAAAUCAGAGAGUUUGGUUUUCCAAGGCGAAAGAGUCACCUGGUACAGACCAACAACUCUAAAUGAACUAUUGUCAUUGAAGGAGCAGUUUCCAUACGCAAAGAUCGUUGUUGGAAAUACUGAAGUAGGACUUGAGACCAAGUUCAAGCACCUUGAAUAUCCUGUCUUGAUACACCCAAGUCACAUUAAAGAGUUGAAAGAAAUAUCUAUCCUGGAAAAUGGUGUGACAUUUGGGGCCUCAGUGACUCUUGAUGAAAUGGAAACUGUCUGUCGAAGAAUGAUCGAAAAACUACCGGCCUACAAAACCAGAGUGCUCAGUGCUUUUGUCGAAAUGAUGCAAUGGUUUGCAGGAAAACAAAUACGAUACGUGGCAGCAGUAGGUGGAAAUAUCAUGACUGGCAGCCCAAUAUCUGACCUAAUUCCUAUUUUUAUGGCCUCUAAAUGCCGACUUGAUGUAGCAUGCAAGAAUGAACAAAGGUCGCUGGAAAUGAAUGAAAAGUUUUACGUUGGCUAUCGAAAGACGUGCCUCAAACCAGAAGAAGUAUUAGUAUCCAUCACUCUACCAUUCACUGAAACCAACGAAUAUUUUCAAGCUUAUAAACAAGCAAAAAGACGCGAUGACGAUAUUGCAAUUGUAAAUGCAGCUUUCAGAAUGGUCGUGGAAGGAGCUUUGGUUAAGGACGCUACAUUCUGUUAUGGGGGACUUGCACCUUCUUCAAAAUUGGCUCUUAAAACUAUGGAGCUUCUUCGAGGGAAACAAUUAGGAGACGGAACUCUUGAAGCAACAUUGCGGUCAAUUUGUUCUGAGUUUAAUUUGCCUCCAAAUGCUCCAGGGGGUAUGGUACGUUACAGAAGAUCAUUGGCAAUGAGCUUGUUUUUCAAGUUUUUCCUUCACGUUGCAGAAGAGAUAAAUGUUGUGACGUCUGGUCUAUUGAAACAUUGCUCAAGUGCAACAGAGAAGCUCCAUAAAGGUGUAAUCAAGAGCCAUCAGUUCUUUAAACUGUCUGAUGGGGAGAAAAUGGUAGUCGGAAAGCCGAUACCACACAAAUCAGGUGAUCUGCACACGACAGGAGAAGCCGUGUAUGUAGACGAUAUGGCCAAGACGAAAGGCGAGCUUGAAUUAGUGUUUGUCACAAGCACAAAGCCCCACGCCAAGAUACUGGACAUAGACCCAUCUGAAGCAUUGCUUAUUGACGGGGUUGUUGAUUUUGUGAGCCACAAAGAUUUACCUCCAGAACGAAAUUUAACGGGUAUAACUGGUAUUUCAAAUGAUGAAGAAUUGUUUGCAUCUAACGUCGUGCACUGUGUUGGGCAAGUGAUUGGUGCUAUUGUUGCAACUGACAAAAACAUUGCAAGAAGGGCUGCAAACAAAGUAAAAGUUUCUUAUGAAGAACUUCCUGCAAUCGUCACAAUAGAACAGGCAAUUGCGGCUAAUUCGUAUUAUGGUGACUUGAUUGAGUUGAAGCGAGGAAACGUACAAGAGGAAUUUGAUAAAUGCGACCACAUCAUAGAAGGGACCAUGAGGACUGGGGCGCAGGAACAUUUCUAUCUUGAGACCCAAACAUGCAUUGCAUUUCCUUUGAAUGAGAAUGACGAAAUCAUAAUUUAUUCUGCCACCCAGUCCCCGUCUGAUACGCAGAAAGUCGUUUCGAAGGCACUUGGUGUGGAUUACAACCGCAUCGUUUGCAAGACCAAAAGAUUCGGAGGUGGUUUUGGUGGCAAGGAGACGAAGGCAUCUAUCAUAGCUGCUGCUGUUGCUGUUGUUGCUUGUAAGAUUGGUAAACCAGUGCGAAUCAUGCUUGACAGAGACGAGGAUAUGAUCAUGACGGGGGGUCGCCAUCCAUUUUUGAGCAAAUACAAAAUUGGUUUCAACAAAGAUGGGCACAUUAUAGCAGCAAACACAGAUCUGUAUUCAAACGCUGGCUGGAGCGUCGAUCUGUCUUUAGCGGUACUUCAAAGAGCUGUAAUGAAUUGCCAAAAUUCUUAUUUUAUUCCAUUUCGGAGGACAUCUGGGCGCUGUUGUAGAACAAAUCUCGCUUCCAACACUGCUUUCCGUGGAUUCGGGGCUACUCAAGGGAUGAUGAUGGCUGAAACAUGGAUUAAUGACAUUGCAACAUUUUUGGGAAGAGACCCGGCAGAAAUCAGAGAGAAGAACAUGACCCACUAUAACCAGGUUAUGGAACCUGGGGUCAGAAGAUGCUGGGACAAAUGUGCCCUUGUGCAUAUAUACUUUGAUGGAAGCGUACUGGUUUCACACGGAGGAGUCGAAAUGGGUCAGGGAUUGCAUACGAAGAUGAUUCAAGUGGCAAGCACUGUUCUCGAGAUACCUCACAACAGGAUUUUCAUCUCGCAUACUGCAACAGACAAAGUGCCCAACACGAUUGCAACCUCUGCAAGUCACAGCUCUGAUUUGCAAGGAAUGGCUGUAAUGGACGCUUGUCAGAAACUGAUGAAGCGUUUAGAACCGUACCGACAGGAAGAGGAGUCAUGGAACGACAUUGUGAAGAAGGCCUACUACGACAGAGUGUGUUUAUCAGCGACUGGUUACUACAAAACGCCAGACAUUGGCUACGACAUCAAGACGAACAUUGGUCGAGCGUAUAAUUAUUACACCUUUGGAGCUGGAUGCUCUGUUGUGGAAAUCGAUUGCUUGACAGGCGACAAUAAAAUACUCAGCACUGAAAUCGUGAUGGAUCUUGGGGAGUCUCUCAACCCUGCUAUUGACAUUGGUCAGAUUGAAGGUGCAUUUAUGCAGGGCUAUGGUCUAUUUGUACUGGAACAAUUCCAACAUACACCAAAUGGAGUGCCAUUGACAGUUGGUCCAUCGACGUACAAAAUACCUGGUUUUGGUGAUGUCCCUGAAGAAUUCAACGUUUCUCUUCUCAGUGGCUCUCCAAACGUGAGGGCCCUCUAUUCUUCGCGAGCUGUUGGUGAGCCACCAUUGUUUCUUGCCGCAUCUGCAUUUUUUGCAAUCAAGGAUGCCAUUGGGUAUGCUCGUAAAGAUGCCGGGUACAAUGGAAUCUUCAAACUAGAGGCACCAGCAACGGCAGAACGAAUCCGCAUGGCAUGUCAAGAUCCGCUGACUGAAAUGGUGCCUGAAUUUAAAGAAGGCACUUUCCAGCCGUGGUUCAUACAAGUCUGAUUCGCUUGGACAAGAUCGUUUUAACUGAAGAAGAUUUUUUGCUAUCAUUUUUGGUGCGAUUAAUUAUAUAUAUACUGUGUUUUGUACUGCAGCGAACUUGUAAGGCAAAUAAAUGCUCGAGGUACACAACAUGAAUAUAACGUGGUGUUUCUUUAGGGAUUUUUAUAGAAUAAAGACGUAUUUCUAAAUUCAAGAAUGUGUGUGAUGAUAAGAAAAUGGUUCUCAAGUAAGAAAUUGUACCUACCUUGAAAAUGACAAAAUUGAUUACGUAAUUAGGUUUUUUCGAUAGUAUUAACAUCCUAUGUUUAUUCGAAUUUUUGAUAUUUUGACUUUAAUCCCUUUAGAAGAUUUGUAAUUUUGCAGUAGUAUUCUAACUAAUAGUUUGAAGACAAUUUGUCAGCCAAUAUAUUCACUGAAAGUAAGGUUCCGUCUCUAUUUCUCUAAAGACUUUCGUCAAUUUUAUCCAUAUUUAAGACACCUUCCAGUAAUAUUUUUUGCUUGGAACCUUCUUGUGCAAGCAAAAUUUUGUUUCAUCUCAGACCAAUAAAAGUAAUGAAAAAAACAAUGUCAACAACUGUGUGGCAAAAGAAGAGAGUUACUGUGGAGAACUCGGAUAUUGUUAGUUAAUAUGGGCCUUCUAAACGUAGAAAAUGCAUAGAAAAGUUUAAAAGUAACAUGGUAGGCUUCGCUAUUUUGUGAUUUGCUACAUUCUUUUGCCCAGGUUAGAAUUGGGACACUCAGUUACAAGCCCAUUUUUUUCCGAAAGCACCUUGAGUUAUUGAUCGUGUGCAAUAUUUUUUCCUUCCGCGCCAAUUUUUACAAUGACUAUGAUUCUUGACUGGAUGAGAAAUUACUCUUCCGUAAUGGCGAUAGUAGAUGUCUCAUAAGGAUUAGAUUUUGGCGUCAUUAGAGGAAAGUACCUCCCUCUGAAAAUCGUUAAUUAUUAGUUUUCAUCGUGCUGAUUUCGAAUAUCGACACGAAAUUGGUGUUUUUCUUUUCGUUUUCCUUCAUUUACCACGUGAAGUGUGAAAUUUCUCCAUUUCCGUGGCGGAGAGGUCUGGAGACAAGUUUCAGGCGCUGACGUAAAGUCGUGGACACGUGUCUCGAUCCCCACGAAAACAACAUUGUAGUAGAGUGAAUCAGAGGAAGAGAAUUCGGUUAGCAGUUAAAAUUUUAGUUCGCAAAUUUCACGACAGCUCUUCAGGAAUAACAACAGACUUAAGAUCGAGCGACGAUGAAGUGUUUGGAGCAUGUGGUGAUGAAGUACUUGCCCUACCAAAGGCGAAGGGGAACUGCGAAAGUGGCGAUGAAGAUUAGCCUAGGCCCGAUGAGAUCCCAGAGGAUGAGGAUGAAUUAUCUCCCGCGACGUGCUCGUUUUGUCGGUAGAAAUGAGGAAGUAAAUAAAUAAUACGUUGAUCCUUGUUUCUUUUCUUGCAAUGUAGGCAAAAAAUACUCAAACUCAAUUUCCUUAUUUCUUUAUAAAAAGUAAGAUACCACAGAGAAGAAGUAGGCUACAUAUAUUAUAAUCUUUCCUUUUUAAAAUCUGAAAUAAUAAGAUGUUACAAUUUAAUAAAUUUUUGCUUUGAUAUAAAAACGCUUAUACAUAGUUUGAUGUGUAGCACGAAAUAGGUCUACCUAAUCCACUUUUGGUCUAAAAACUGGUUUGUUUUGUGUACAUUGACUAGUAUUAUUAAAUCUUACUGCAAUUCAGAUUUUUGGACUGAUAAUUCGAAAAUGUCAAAUAUUUAAUAGAAUUGCAUAAAUAUGCCUAAAAUAGAUUAAUACCUAAAAUUAUAUCCACUAGGUAUCUACAAACAGUGGCCGAUCAAUAGAUGGUUUGCUGGUUUUGGGGUAUUUGUGCUGGAAUAACUGGACAACUUUAAGUAUGCAUUUAUCACAAAUUUAAAGAAAAGAACUUUAGUCAAAGAAGACAAGUGUUUCAAAAUUCUGCAGAGAGACAAUGAAAAUGCAAAAAUCAGCUAUCCACUACAUAUACAGUGGAGUACAGGGUUAUAUACACGGGGUUAUUCAAAGGGACCAUGUUCAAAAUGAUCAAAAUGUGUAGAAUAGUUUGGAUUUGAUCAAGUUUUUCUCUUACAAUGAUGGUCCUGUACCACCUGCUUGGUAACAUUUUUUAUAAAUAAUCAGAAGAAAAUGUUUUACCUUCAAAAUAAAAUGCUCUUUUAAUGUAUUUUGUCACUGCCUGUUGUUUAGAUACACUGUUUUCAAACUUUGAAAAUGAAAUUUUUUGGUACCCAAUGGUUAUAUUUUUCUGAAAUUUGCUUCAACUCAACAUUUUUCAUAGAGAACAGUUAUGAGAUAAAAUCUCUGACAUAUCUUUUGUUAAGAUAAGGUCUUUUAAUAAACUUGGAAACAUAUACAUCAUUUAAUGGUUGUGCUUUAAAUCCUCCCCCUUUAUGUACAUCCUGGUAUGAAUUGUUUUUUAUGCCUGGAGUUAUAUCAGAAAAUGCUUUGAUAUCAUGUUCUGUAGACAAAGCAUGAUAAAUCAUGUUUAAAGGGGGUAUUUCUGAGGUGGGGGACUACUUUUGUCUUUUUCAGCAAAUGGAAUUGUGUAGAUUCAGCAAGUCUCAUGGCUUUUCAGCUAACAGAAAUAGAUUAACCAUAGUUAUGUCCUCUGACUGCUGGGCACAGGACCCCCAUUCUGAAACUAGUGAAAGGGGUAUUUCUGAAGUGGGGGACCACUUUUAUCAUUUUCAGCAAGUCAAAUUGUGUCGGUUUGCCAAGUUUCAUGGCUGUGUAGUUAACAGAAAUAGAUUGACCAGACCACCUAUUCUGAGUACUGGGCACAAGUACCCCAGGCUGAAAAUAGCACAAGGGUUUUUUCCCAAAAUGGGUCUAUAUUCUAUCUUGUUACGCAUAUCCAAUUCUGUAUUUUCACCAAGUUUCGUGCUUUUAUCACAAUUUCCACGAUUGUUACCUGUCAUGAACCUUACCAAACUCACUACUACAUUACACCAAAACAUCUCUUCGUGUCCACCACUUUACGUCACAAGGUCACGUGACACAGUGGUCUGACCGCGCUCUCGCUCCGCCAUCGAUGAGGGCAAAUUUCGACUUUAAAAACUUAAUAACUUAAAAACUACAUAACGUAUUAAAAAAAUUCAAACGGUUUUGGAAUCAGCACGGGAACCUUUAUCAGUGGUAAAAAAAUCGUUUUUCACUUCUGUUCCCCUUUAAGGAGUGCAUCACGACAGGGACGUAAACAAGUGGCUAUUUUUGGGGUGUCGCGGAUGGUUGAAAAUUCCAACUUUACCUGAUAAAUUUUUUCUUUUAACCUGUUAAUCUUCUGUACCUACUAAAUUGAUUUUUGGAAAUAGCCUUAUGGCUUGUUCCAGAUUUCUAGGCUCUGUUUAAUUACCAACAUUUUACUUAUAAUGAUUAAGCAUAAAAGCACUAAAGAAGAUAAAGGAAAUCUCUGAAUUUUGAUUAACGUACAAAGUACAUAUAAUCUUUUUGUAAGAUGUAAAGCAACAUCAAAACCAUACCAGUCUAGAUCUUGGAUAUGUUUAAUGAUAAAAAUUAAUAUUCUUUCAAGUCAAUUAACAGUAAUUCUAUUCUUUUUCUGCUUUGCCCAUCUUGAAGCUAUUUGCUGCAGAUCCGUUUUAUAUAAAAUAUCUUUUUCACAAUAUAGAAGCAUCAAAGAAUUUACCAUUUCAUCUUUUGUUCUUGAUCGAAGGAAAUUUCUUACAAUUUUUAAAGUGCUAAAUGUCCUUUGCUUUUUGGGACUGAAAAGGGUGAUCUGAGGGCAAGUACAUAUGCCCGAUUCAUAAGAAAAAACACUCGUCUUUGAUCAAAUACUUUUGCUGCCGCUUCUUUGAUCAAUGUUUUGUGGCUUCUUAUCACCUUUAUCAUAGCAAUUUAUGAUUAGAUUUUAGGAGGUCUACAAAGUGCAGGGGGAGCUUAGCAUACACCCGUUAAGAAGCGUUGAGAAUUUCUAGCAAUGAAAGAUUUUCAAUGUCUUCAAUUGAAUUAGCUACCCGUUGUUUCUUAAAAAGUUCCCGCUUUCAAUUGUUCUGAUCAAUAGAAACAGGGAAUGAUUUUUCAAAACUUCAGGCUCAAUCAAUACUGAUGGUAAAAUUUAAACUUCUUAUCCAGAAAUUCACCUGGCCUGUUUAAAAUAACCUAACUCAACUUAACCCCUUUCAAAAAGGAAACAAACGAUGCAAUGGUGCAAUUUGAGAUCCAGUGGUGACAGGGAUUCACAAUUAAAAACGAUUAGGAGUUGUGCCUGCUCCAGAGUUUCAAUUUUAAUAAGGUCUAAGAUUAUCACAUUGGAAGUCCCAAAAUCCUAAGCUAUAAAAUUCACAUAUUUGGUCAUAAUAGUUGGAAAAAAUUCCAAGUGAACUUUUAAGAUUUCCAACUAAAAUUGAAUUUUCCAACCUUUGGGGGGGCGUCACGCCCCCGUACCCCCCUGUUAUUUAGGUGCCUGCAUCACGAUCACAAAUUUUCAACAGAUUUUCAAUUGAAGUACAGUGUACAAGUAGAUUUUAAAUCCAGCCAAUUCAUUCCUGAUAGUUCCCUCAGGCUCAAUAUUGCCGCCAGUAUUGUUGCAAAAUUGUUAUAAAUUAUU